CUGGCCAAUGCAUAAGUAGCUUGAACUUUCUCUUCCCUCAUCUGUUGACCUCCACGCCAGCGCUUGCGACACAUUUGACAAGCUUCUCAAGGAUACUACUGUCAAAAAAAACAUGGACGAGGAUGUGGAUAUGGAUGCUCCUCAGAUUUCAACUCUCAGGGAAGAGAACACUCCUCCGCCUUCUCGAACUUCAAAAUUCCGUGUAAAGUUGCUGGUAACAGAGAAAAAAGGCAAGGGAAAGUCGUCCUCACCUAGUGUACCAGCUAGCAACAAGAAGGUUGCUCCACAACCACCCGUUCCCCCACCACCACCGCCUGCCCCGCAGACACGACCCCAAAGUGAUGAUGACGUCGAAGAGGAGGACGAGGAGGAUCAGCUCAUUGAUGACGAAGACGAAUUGCAACAGUCUGCUGCUACCCCUGCAGUUACUGUCUCAACCGGUGGUACGAAGCGGAAGGCGCCAGCGAGGAAGCCAAAGCCAAGGAAGAGUGAAAAGCAGGACAAGGAUAUCGACAAAAAGCCGCAUGAACAAGGCGAGCAACCUGAUGCUCAGGAUGUCAGUAUAUCCGCGGUUGCUGAUAAACCACCACCGAAGAAGAGGGCAGCACCCCGUAGGCCUGCUGCUACUCAACGUUCCAGAGCAAAGGCCCCUCCAAAGUACGUGUAUCAGAAUCAAGAUUAUUUCAACCAUUCAAUGGCUCUCAGGGCGGUAAAGACUUUGGCAGUGCCUCCGUUGGAUGAUGGAGCACUGAGUGAGUCAUACGCCGGUACUGCACCGUCAUCACCACUUCCUCUUGCUCGUGAGGGCGGUUCUGAGCAUGAGGACAUGGAGCAUGCGCCUGCUCCUCCUCCAGCCGAGGGCAUAGCAGAAAUUGCGCCCCUUCCUGUCUACCCUCUACCGUCCAAGCCGUUCCCCGUCCAACCUCCCCCAAAGAUUGGAACAGGCUUCGCACCCAUGUUGCCCCUCGAUCGAAGCGGAACCAAAGUACGUCGUUGGAGAACCGCAAACCGUGAAAUACGGGGCAUCGCAGGCGGGCGAUGGUUCGCUAGAUCAUGGGUUGGCGACAAAGAGUCUGAAUUUGCCAAUGCAACAGCCGCAACUCAUAAGAACGGCGACGCAGACAAGAUUGCGAUGCCAAAAGGCGGUGGUUCAAUAUCUGCGCCGUUGCUCGGAAAGGGGUCUAGCAAAUCCAAAGCCUCCCGUGCUGCGUCCGGCAUAUCAGCUGCGCCUUCACGAGCAGGGUCUAUUAUUCCUGAUCAUCACCCUGUGAAGGCUCCUUCGAAGAUGCGCAAUAUUGUCGCUGGGCCGGCGUCUGAAGCGGAGGGCAAUGACCCUCUCGUACAGAACACGCCAGAGAAGAUGGAGUCAUAGGUGGUUUAUCGUCUAAUUAUGUUUGUAUCUUGCAUUAAUUACAUACUAUACCCUCGGUGUAUCGUUCUAUUAUUAUUGGUUUGCAGCAUGCACUGAUGACAGCGCAAUGCGCAUGACUGAGGGGUGUGUGACGGGCUACUCAU